GUCAGGUUGUUCCUGGAAGGCCUGAGCGUCAAUGAUAAGAGCGAGUCUCGUGUGUGUUAUGGCGUUUUUCUUGCUCGUGAUACUGUGAGGGAGCACCAGAACAUUUGUUCCUUUGUAUGACGCUGUCAUUCUUUAGGAGAAUCAUACAGGGUGGAUUGUCAUUGUGUAGAAUGGACAGGAUAACAGGCUUACAUGAAGCUAAUGGCAACAUGAGGAAUACAAUAGAACGUCUGGGACCUGUUACAACACCAGAAGGGCAGACCAAUGAGCUAAUAUAUGCUCCACCUUCCCAAAGCAUAGGAAAGGCUCCCCCAGUUCUUGUAUUUUUUGGUGGUGAUGUUCAGGACUACCCUGAGGUUAUGACAGCCCAUCGAGACCAUGGGCAUUAUGUGAAAUGGAGUCUCACCAAUAUUGCAUCCCUUAUGGCUGAAAAGUUCCCAUCACAUCAUGUGUUUAUUGUCAAACCAAGUAGAAUGGAGAGAAAAACCUUCAGCUGUUAUGACAACUUUGUGGAAAGCAACAGUGUAGGUGCUCCAACUCACAACCCAGGGGUGAUGGCCACAAAGCACCUUGUUGGUCUUAUAACAGAGGGUCUAAAAAAAGUUGCAUCCAUAAAAGCAGAAAAGCUUUUGUCUUCUCAUCACAAUUACCAAGAAACAUGUUCAGGAAAAUUGGAGAGUUGCAAAGAUAAUGUAAAUCCACAGAGCACAGAUGAAACUGCAGUGAAACCAGCAUCUGAAAGUGUGGAGCCUCUCCCUGUCGACAAGGCAGAAAAUGCAUGUGAUUCAGAAACAAAGACUGAUGUUCUUGAAUAUGAAGAAGUAACGCUGAUUGGCUUCAGUAAAGGUUGUGUUGUGCUGAACCAGUUGAUUAUAGAAUUCCACCUUCUGUCUGUUGUGGAGGAUAUGGCUGCUGAUAGUUUCAGGGAGUUUAUGAGUAAGGUACGUAAUAUGUACUGGCUUGAUGGCGGACAUGCAGGUGGUAGUAAAACAUGGAUCACGGAUCAUGCUGUACUGAAAGACAUUGCAUCCCUUCCAAAACUUGGUAUUCAUAUACACGUUUCACCCUAUCAGGUCCAAGAUGAUCAGCGUCCAUGGAUCAGGAAGGAGUGCAAAGCAUUUUAUAAUGUUUUGCGGCGUAAUGGUGCAAAUAUUAGUUAUACGUUACAUUGUGAGCACGAGCAGCCAUCACUUCUUUCUCACUUUAAGGUACUUGAUUUAUUCUCUUAAAAAUCAGUCUUAUAUAUCCAAUGAUUAGCAUAGUUUUUAUUAAGUAAUAAUGGUUGCUUCAUCGUUACAUUUAUUUUUUACCAGAAACUGGUUUUAUUUUCUCUUAUUAUGUAAAUUAUAUAAAUGUUAAUACUGUACUGUGAAAUAUUCAUAUUUUGUGAUUCGCAAUAGGUUUUGGUUUUGAUGCAACUUUGUUGCUUUUUGUUUAAAAAAUCAGAUUAUUGAAUUGUCAGAGUCUGUUUUAGAUCUGCUCACUGGUAAAAAUGUAUCCAGUUCAUAUCAUGAAAAUCUGUUUAAAAGAAGAUAAUACAUGUAGUUACUACAUAUAUAUAUAAUUGAAACAGGCAGGAGUAAGCAAAACAAAUCCUAGGAAGAAUAAAUGCUCAGAAUUAACGCAAUAUCAUAAAUAAUGAUGUACCAACAGCAUUGUGUGUGUGUUUGUCAUGAUGAUGAUGAUAGCAUCAUUUCAGCUUUUGUUAGGGGGAGUUGCUAUAAACAAAUUCCUAUUGGAUUACUGAUAAGUCUAUAUCAACUAAAUGUUAUGGUGUAUAUUAAAUUUCUAUAUAUAGCAUUUUUCUGGUAUUCACGGAUAAUAAAUAUAAACCUAUAUGUUGCUGUUGUAGUUUUACUACUACUAGUUACAGUAAAGUUUUAUGCGAAAAAAAGUGAGUACUGUGGUACUGGUGAUACUGAUGUGAUCUCAAUAUAUACAUAUAUACAAAUGAUGAUGAUAAUGAAGGCCCAAAUGAGUUUUUAAAAAAGAAUAUCAGAAUUAUCAAAAAAUAUACUAUAUAUAUAUUUUUUCUAUCUAUUAACCAGCACUCUAGCAAAAAU